AAAAAAAAAGAAUAAGCUGCCACCCAACCGAAAAAAAAAAUAACACCACAAAUCAUUAUUUCAUCGUAGCUUCUUUUUUUCUUUCUUUCUUUUUUCUCUUUUCUUUUUCUUUUCUCCCUUCUUUAUGACUAUCUCCGCCUCUCUAUCAUCAUGAAUACUUACAUUGAUUACCAUCAAACCACUUUUUCUCCUCGAUACAUGUCGCAAGACGACCUUUACAUCGAUGAUUACGCUUCCUAUGUUUCACCACCAUCGAUCACCAUUGCGUCUCCCAACUAUUCAGAUGAAUCUCCCGAGAUCCAGCAUGAAUGUCUAUUGUUUCCGACUUAUGCCAUUCGGAACCCAAAAAGAUCCAUCGGAAUGGCUUGUCCGAACCAAAGGCUGGGCACUCUCGCACAAUAGCAUGGCAGCAAAACAGAAAAUGAUGAUCAGUAUUACGAAAACCGUAGCCGGCAAAUCCCCAGCUGACGCGUCGACGACAAAUCAAUUCCAGCAACGGUUCAAAUACUUUUUAGCCAAGAACAAACGAAACAAGCAAUUUGUCGUCAAAGCCAUCGGCACUUCCACCAUUGUCGACUUUUAUGCUUUGAACGAAGGUCAGGAUUAUUUGGCCGAGUAUUCCUCGGACGAUAAUGAUCCCAUGCUGGUCCCUCGCCCUGGGAACCCGGUCUCAAGUAUCCUGGACCGCCGUCGUAGUAAUUAUGCCGCUUCCUCGUCAAGCAUUCCUUCACUCACCUCGGCAAGCACAGUGGCGACGGAUGAAUUUGACGAAAUCAGUGGUUCCGAGUUUCUAAAUUACAUGGAAAAUCAAAAUACCAUUCAAUCCAAUUCCACCAACGGGUCAUCCUUAUUUUCCCCCGAAUUUGAACAAGAAACCGGUUUAUUCGGGGCUCAAGUGGAAUCCGAAUCGUCUGGCUUGUUCUCUGGCGAGUUCACACUACCUGAAUCGCAGGUGAUUCACUGGGCGAAUCAGCAAGAUCAUGUCGAAUGUCGUCUGAUCCAGCUCAAAUCGAUACCAAAAUCUCCAAAAUUUGUGGCCAGUUCAGGGAUGGUUUCUCUAGUGGAACCAACAGGAAUCUCCAUCAUUUCCGAUAUUGACGAUACCAUCAAAGACACCAGAAUUCUUGCAGGGGCCCGAGCAGUGCUGAACAAUACAUUUUUCAAACCGGCCAAGGAAGUGGAUGGUAUGGCCGAGGCUUACAUGCAAUGGUACACCCAAGGAGCCUCCAUCCAUUAUGUAUCGAACAGUCCUUUCCAGCUGAUGGUGAUGCUGGAACAGUUCCUUCGUGAACAUCACUUCCCACCCGGCAGUAUGCAUUUGCGUAUGGAGGGGAGUAUCUUGGCACGGCUGGUGGAAGUCCCUGGUCGAGCCAAACGAGACGCUAUUAUUAGUAUCAUCCGAGAUUUCCCUCAACGCUUGUUUAUCUUGGUGGGCGAUUCUGGUGAAAUUGAUCUGGAGAUCUAUACGAAAAUCGCCACCGAAUUUCCCGGCCGGAUUCUGAAAAUCUUUAUCCGCGAUGUGACUACACCGCAUGCGCUCCGAAAAGCUUCUCGUUCCACCAGCACUUCCAAACCUGUAAAACGUUCCAAUACUUUGACAUCACUCUUUUCACCUAAGCAACGGUCGUCCGUCGACGAUGACACAAAACAACCCGUGGACGUCGACAAUCCCCUGACUACACCGACGUUGGCUGAAUUGGUUUUGGAACCUUCCCUGACAGGCCACUCGGCUCAUCCCCUGCUUCCGUCCCAAAACUGUAUCCAAUUUCACGAACGUCUAUGCAAAGCAAGAAAACAAUUGCCGAAUGUGGACAUCGUUUUAUUCAGACACGCCGAUGAACUCAAAAAUGAUACAGAAAUCCAGCGUGCUCUAUGGAAAAAUUGGGAUGACCAAUCAUCCACUCUUUCUUUGUAACUACUAUGUAAUCAUUCCUCUUCAUGCAUUCACCUUCAUUUCCCCGGUUUCAUCCUUACUUCAAUCUUUUAUGUAUUCUAUUGUUUUCUAUUUUGUACAGUUAUACAUUUUACACCUUAAUACUAUUGAUUUUUAUUCGGUCUCGUUUAUAUUCUAUCAAGUCCCAAUGGUUAUCCCCCCCCCCUUUUUUUUUUCUUUGUAUGUACCCAGUCACUUCCAAAAACAUAUCCCCGAUGUAUAUUGUAAACAAAUAAUGCCGAUUUUGCCUUCAUUGAUUAUCUUUGAACACUGUAACAGAUAAAAAAAAACUUUG